AUGUCCCGGAAUCAAAACACCACACCCGCAAAGGACGAAGAACCCAAGAAGCUGGAAGAUCUGGAAGAUAACACAGUCCUCGAGAUUGUCACCCAUAGUCUCCAGCGCGACAACCUUGCCCCGGGGGUCUUUGCCCUGGAUCGACGGCAUCUGCCGUAUCCGAAAUGGCGCUGCAAUGAAUGUCACUUCGAAUUCGCGACAGCCAAACUGCGCGACCGCCACGAGGCCAGCCACUGGCAUACUUCCGGUGGAGAGUCAUUAGGCAUGUCGUUCAUGGGGCAUCAAGCUCUUCUAGACCGCAUUCCGGAACCCUCACGCCAGCUGGUUUUUGAAGAGUUCAUCAACUCGCCUCGAGACUACAAGCACGAUGGCCUACCCCCGGCGCCUGAUAUUUAUCGGGUUCCCUAUGUCGGGACCGAGGAGGCGAGCACAUUGAACCCGCCCAAGUGACGAUGAUACUAAGCGGGGAAAUGUUGUCGCCAUCUGUUGAUCUGAUAUCAUUUUGUAUUGAUCGGUGAUGUUCAAUGACUUUCCUUGCCUUGUAUUUUUCCCGUCCAUAUCUUGGAAAUUGGAAUCUCCACCGGUAAGACCGCGGCACCACAUAUUGACCAUGGCGAAUGCCGUACCUUCAGUAGCGGAUUCAGAUACUCUUGCUCGACAUCUCAACGUGGGAACGUAACAUUUCAAGAGCUUGAGUGUCCCUUCAUCCCUCAUCCAGAUACUGGGGUUGAUUCUUCUUGACGUGGGUUGAAAGAGGGAAGAAGUUUGGGUAUAUCCUUCCCAGUGUAGUCCCGUGACUAGGAUGGAAACACCACGAUUGUGGAUGCCAGAUUAUUUUGCGCUUUCCAUAUUCGAAGUACCGACUUUGCUAUUUGGCGGAAGGGGCCGGUAAUUGAU